AAAACAUCAAAGCUGCUAACAGAAGGUCAACGCAGCAUUUCCUUAUCGGAUUCGCCUAUUUUUAAAUCUAUCACCCUACAGUAUCAUACACCACUGCCUCCCACCAAUCAAAUCCCAGCGCUGAUCUCGGAACUGAAUUGCAGAAUCCAUCACUCCACUCCGCCUGGAACCUUCACUGAACCUUGUUUCAACCUCUGUAACCAGCUGCUCAUAACCAAUGGGUACACAAUGAAUCCUUUGUCGUGGUCAUGGAGAACGUUGCCUCCACUGUCCGUUGCACAGAACAAGCCGAGGUGCCACCUGACCGAUUUACCUGACGAACUCCUCGAUCAUAUCCUCCAGUUCCUGCGGCCCAAGGACGUUUGCGCCGCGCAAGCGACCUGCCAGCGACUCCAUGGCGUCGCAACCUCCAACCUCCUCUGGCAACGCUUCUGCGUCGAAGACUUUCGGUUCUGGAAGGAUGUCGAUCUGCUUCGGGAGAUGCUUGACCAGCCGCCGGCUGCGAACGAUUGGAAGGAGAUCUACACCUCGCGGAUGCUCUUGAACGCCGCGAUCUUGAAGCGCAUGGCGCUGCUGCAGAAUAAUCCGACGCACAAGCUGCAACAUUUGGAUUGGCUCCUGAUGCUCGAGUUCGAUGCGAAGGAUAUACUGCUGGAGCAACUACAUGCGGAUCCGGAGGUUGGAGAUGGGAUGGCGGUACGAUACUGGAGCAAGGUGGUGUUGUCGGCAAUUCACAAACAAAAGUCGGUGAAGAUAUGGGGCGACCUGCACAACGGACGGGAUAUCGAGCUCGAGAGUGCAUUGGCGGGACUGGAUCUAUGUGCGCUCGGGUCCCUAUCCAUGACCGCGGAGAUCGGUCCGGAGCUGGACGACCUGGCGGAACGCUUCCGCCAAUAUACACCGGAACAUGGACGCUUAUCAACAAGAGAAACUGCAGUUGCUCUGGCUGCGUUUCUCCGGGAUCAGGGGUUUCAGGGGGUCCCUGAGGCGGAUUACCACGAGCUCCGCAAUCGGUUCAUUGGGAUUGCGCUGCGACAUCCACACCAUCGGGCACUACCGCUCGUGAACGCUGCGAUAUACUGCGGAGUUGCGAGGCGGCUGGGGAUCACUGCCCAUCCGACGGAUUUCCCGCUUCACAUCAUGGUGAUUGUGCAGGCGUCAGAAAGCAAGACGCUGGACGGACGACCACUCACCGACGAAGCAACCGACGAUCAAAAGCGCAUGUUCAUGGACCCAUUCCGAGACAGCAGGGAGCACUCUGUGGAGGAGCUGCGCGGCCUCCUGUCCGCUAUGGAAGUGCACCCCGACUCCUGGCCCGACUUCAUGACGCCCGCGUCCACCAUCGACCUCGUCCUCCGCAACGCUCGCAACAUCCUCAACGGCCUCCACCGUCAUCGACACUACGACUUCCCGCAAAACAUCGAUCCCUGGGGCGCCACCGGCGAAGCCGAGCACCCGACCGACGAGGACCUACUUUACAGCUCUGUGUGGGCACAACUGAUGCUCUCCCAACAACCGCAGGACGUGCGGCGACUCGCCGACUUCUACGCGGUGCGGCUGCAGGACGAACGCAAGUACGACGUGCCACUCAUCGAGAAAUACCUGCUCACCGAGGACGGGCCGCACACGCAGUCGACGCUGACGUUGAGCACGGUCUGCACGCGAACGCGCCUGGACGACAUGCGUUCGGUGACGGUAAAGCGGAGGAACACGGCAGAGGUGGGCAGGGUGAAGUACCGGGUGGGGCAGAUGAUGAAGCAUGCGAGAUACGGGUAUACCGGGCUGGUCGUGGGAUGGGACUCCAAGUGCGAGCAGAGCGAGGAGUGGAUCCGAACGAUGAAUGUCGAUGCCCUUGGAGGGGGAAGAAGUCAGGCGUUUUAUCUAGUAAGGGCUUCAGAUGGCCACACCAAAUAUGUUGCGGAGGAGUCCAUCAAGGUGUACAUGGGCGAACCGUCGGACCGGACGAUGCGCGGUGCUGGGGAGUUCUUCCAGCGGUUCGACCAACAGACGCGGGAAUUCAUCAGCAAUAUUCGGGACGAGUAUCCUGACGAUUGAUGACAAAGGGUUUACCAUAGGUAUAGGUCAUGAUUGAAUGAAGUACAGGUAUUACCGUAAUUACCGUAUGCAGAGACAUGGUCAAGCGCAGCAGCACAUGUUCGAAUUGCCGCAACUAAAUGCAUGUGUAUUUGCAUCGACGUUCCCGGGCGCCUGACUACAAUGAACUUCCGUGUCGCCAACAAGAUUUCAUACUCCAUUCGCAGCAAUUAAAAUCAGUCUGGUGGUCUUCUGGGGCGUCUGGCCAUCGGGGCUGGAUCUGCGCAUAGUCGG